UGUGUCAAAAAAAGAAGAAGCAGCAUUACAAGUUGUCAAAUUUUCGCAGAAAGCCAAGUUUGGCUGAUGCUUGUGGAAAAUAAUAAUUUUUUCCUCUUUUGUUAACAUUUUCAUUUUAUUUUCGUGUGAAAUACAUCAGCAACAAGUUGAAUAAAAUACGUAUUCAAAGAGUUUAGUGUAAAAUGGUGGAAACUGACGAUGCAGCUGAGCUUCUUUUCUUCGACACUUUUUCACACGAAGUGGACACGGACAUCAAUCUCGAUUUGGUGCAAUUCCCAAAGCCAGUAUUUAUUACACAAGUACGAAUAAUACCAUUGGGUGCACGCGUACAGGCCGAUUUCCCCGGUGGUGUGCGCCUUGGGGCGACAAAUCCCUCCAAAUUUGAUAUUGAAUUUUUCGUCAAUGAUUUGGGCAUGCCGGGUGCCUCGACAUUUGAAAAUUUAGGUCAAUUGAAAUAUAAUCAAAACGAUUGCAUACAUUUAGAAUGCACCCAAGAGAAAAUACCUACAGAUGGUUUAGUAUUGCGUGGCUGGUAUAGUACGAUUACUUUGGCUGUGUAUGGUAUAUUAACAAAUUCGAUGAAUGAACCAAUUGCCAGUCCACCACCACCACCGUGUGAACCAACUGGCCCCGAAGAGAUUUGCAAUUUAAGUGGUAGCGGAGAAACGCGUGAACCCAGCAUACCGGAGGAGACAAGCAAAGAUGAAUGGAAAGAGCCCUUACCGAGUGAAGUGCCCACAGCACACAAGACGAAUCUUAGUGACUUCGAGCGUGAUGAUUUAGAAUACGGCGUUGGGCGUAGUGGUGGCGGCGGUGGCGAGCAUUAUCAACACUCAGGCGACGAACGUGAACGUGGUAUGCGCAAGACUUCGCAUUCCUCAGAACGUUCAUUACCGUCACGUAAUCGCACGCACUCGGAGAGCAAUGAAAGGGACUAUGUGCGUUCACGAAGUGAACGUGAACGUGAGAAAGUGUCGCGCGAUUGGUCACGCAGUCCCGAAUAUACACGCCAUUCGCGUCGCAAACGUUCUGAGCGUUCACGUUCCGAUGCCGAGGAGUCACACAAGUGGCCACCACGCACUCCACCUGCCUCCAUAGACUCACCAACACGUCCACGUUCGCCCGAUAACAUGGAGUACUCUGAAGAUGAUGUACAUUACAAACUUAAAUCGCGCAGUUACAUGCGCUCCGAUGACUCGCUAACAAACGGUGCACCGGAUACGCAACCAUUGGAUGAUGAUGAAACGCCCGGUACGCCUGGCGAACAAUACGAACCUAUACUCAGUGAUGAUGAGAUUAUAGGUGAUGACGAUUCCAAUAAUGCGAUUGAACAAGUUAUGGGCGACGAUUUUGAAGCAGAACUGCUGGCAGCAGCUAACGCUGCUGGACCGGCCAUACACGAAUUUGAUCCGUUUACAAUGCCCAUAAAACGUUACGAUAGCGAUCUGCAAGCGCUAUACCACAAAGAAGUGGACACACUGUUCAUUAUAAUGGAGAAGUUUGAUGUGCAAACGAAAUGCGAGAGUGUGUCGGCUUUCAAUGAUGCCACAACCACAAUUGAGGAGCGCGAAAAUUUCGUCUACCUAAGCGAACAGCUUAUCAAUCAUUUGUCUUACAUUUGGCAAAACUUCAAACGACGCAAUUUUGUGCUAAAAAAGUUUUUCACAAGCGAUGCCAAGUAUUUAAUAAAAUCGUUUAAUAUUCUAAAAAUCGCUUUAGAAUUCGAAUCGGCUUGUCUGCAACAGCAGCCGGCCUUCAAGAUACGUCAUAUAAAAAUAGGCGCACGCCUCACCGAACUCUUUGCAUCGGCGCCACAGUUCUUGGCGUAUCUGCUGCAAACGCAAAACUUUGAUCCUUUCGCCGCGCUCUUCACACUAUACCAAGAAAAAUACAUGGCUGUAUCCAUCAAACUAAUGUUGCUCAAAGCCAUCUACGCUUUGCUAGGCACUAAAGAAGGCAUACGCCACUUCCUGGUUGGUGGCAAACUCGGUGGCUAUCAACUGCUCUUCGAUACACUCAAAGAAUCGCGUCUCACGCGCACGAAAUUCGCUCUGCAAGCGAUCGUCAAGAAGCUACACUUGUACGAAGCGCUCGAAUGUGUACGUGAGAGUUGCAGCAAACUCUUCGUGCUCACCAAUUAUACAGCAGCAGCACCGGCGGAGCAAUAUGUCGCCAUCGAGCGUGCCAUUGAGCAAAUAAUGGACGCUUUAACUUACAAUUCAUUGUCUUACCAGCAACCGAAACGUUUUCUACCCGUUUCCAAGAAAUUCGAAAUUGCCGUUGACACGGCAGCGCAGCGCAGUUUCGCUAAUGAUUUGCAGUCCUACUUCGUGUUGCAUACUUUAGGUGAAUCGCUGCUACUGUUGUUGGUCAAUGCCAAUGCGUUGCCGCCGUCACUGCUGCUGCGUGUGUUGGAUUUAUUGCAAGCAAUGCUGCAGACGCAUGUCGGUGUAGAUUAUUUGGUGGACGAUUGCUUUGAAACUACGCGAUUGCUAAUAGCGGUGUUGUUGGGUACGGAUGAUGUGCCUGCAGAUGUGACGCCCACCGAAGAGGAGGACUAUGAAAUGAAAGUGAGCGAGGAAGCCACGCAACCGAAGCCAGAAAGCGAUAGUGUUGCUGACGCUAUCAAAAAAACCGAAAACGACGGCACGCCCACAACCAAAGCUGAUGCGCAGCCAAAAACUAAAGACACUGAAGAGCCAGCAAUGCAGCUGGAGACCGCUGCACUAACUAAAGAGUCAACACCAGCCACCACACAAACGCUGCGUAGACCUUUGCUACAUCGCCUGCAACAAAUCGGUGUGGAGUUGGCUUAUAAAGUGCAAACACGUUAUCACCUGGAUGCCGUUAUGUAUUUGACACGCGCUGAGCAAUAUGAUAUCAUAAACCUAGCAACACAUUUGCAUGCGCUCUACUCGCAGACAUGUCAGUCACAUGGACGUCAGCAUACCGUCGAAGUGAUAGGCAUGAACAAUAAUAUGCAAUUCUUUAUGGACCUCAUACAGAAGGAGCAACGCUUACAAGCGCAGCGUCAACUAGCCUCACCGGGCACCAAAUACAAGAGUCCGGUGUUGAGCUAUGCGGUCGACAUGGUGGAUUGCUGUGUGCGUCAUUGCGAGCAGUUGGACUAUCUGAUUGAGCAUGGUCAGAAUAUAUUCGAGUUGGCGAAGAAUCAUGAAACUUUUGAGCCCUCAGUGUCGGCAGUGCUGCAGGAGCUCUUUGUUUUCCUCAAACCUUCGGAGGCUAUACACAUCUUCGCUUAUGAUAACAUAACGCCGCUGGUGGAGGUUAUCACGCGUUCCAUGGAGUAUAUAACCACCUUUCCGGGUGAUUUAAUUAUGGGUUUACGCAUAUUGCGUCAUUUGGCAAUCGGUUCGAAUAGCAAGGCAUUCCGCAGCUCACAAACCGAGGAGCUGAAACAUCGUUUUGUCACGCUGCAAUUCUAUGCCGCCGAUGGCGUACAGACAAUUAUGCAAAUAUUGGAGAAAUUGUGCUCGUACUUUGAGCAACCGGGCUUACAUACGCCAGCGCUGAUGACGCUACAGGGUCUACAUUGUUGUCAGAUAAUAUUGCCGGCGCUGCAAGUGCUACGCGCCAUGCUCUCGUUUGCAAUACAGUGUCGCGAUGCGGAAUUCAAGGAUUUAACCGCCAUCGAUCAUCUCAUGAAGGCGUAUUUCCUCUUGCACUAUUACCCUGCCGGCAGUCAGGCGGCACCAGCAAUCGCCGAGGCCAAACAAGAGAUUAUACAAAUCUUCCUGGCUUACACACAGCCAAAUGAACAGGACGAAGAGUCGCUGCACAAGUCGUUGUGGACGCAAAUGAUUAGAGAAAUAUUAAAGAACAUCGAUGGUCCUUCCACCUUCAUACCAGGGUUGCACGUGCUCGCCGAGUUGCUACCACUGCCGUUGCCCAUGCCGCUGCCCGCCGACGCGCACGUACCCGAGUCGCAGAGUCAACGUUUAAUCACCGAACGCAAGCUUUGGUCUGCUCACCUACAUCCGCUAAGCGCACAAAUCGCCAAACUGAUUGAGACAAUUGCGCCCACCACCUUUACGCCUCUGUUGGAUCUCAUGACGAAGGUGUGUCUACAACUCGCCGACUUGGCGCCCAAUAUGACGCUACUCGUGUCGAAAACACUCAGCGAUAUGCUUUGUGCCGAAUGGCAGUCAGCUUCCUCAACACCGACCGCACAAUUGGCGCGUCUCUUGAAUUUCUUUGCGCGUCUAACCUCAUUUGCGGCCCUCAAAAUUUCUUCCAUUUCUAUACUCAACGGCAAGUUAUGGGAACUCUUCCACUCGGUGCUUUGCUAUACAGGCGCUGCUUCGGAGGUGGUACAGCGCGCUCAACUGGCCAUACAUAACAUUUUAAGGAGCUUCAUAGAUCCGAGCAUAUCUUUUGUUUCGCCGAAGUCUAUAGCUUCACCAGAACUGAAUUUGGCUGCGGCUUUGCCGACAAAGGAGCUGAUACCGCGUAUUAUUGAGGCUACACUGACGAACCUUUUCAACAGCGUUGCGCAGCAGCCGGUGUGUGAGGCGGCGUUGAAUAACUUGAAUCUGCUAACGGAGCUUGAUAUCACGAUGCAUCACUUGACGCAGCAGUUGAAGCACAGGCGCGCCGACUUCCAACAGUGGCUUGAAAAAUUCCUUAACGCUGCUGAAAGCGUUGAAGCGCCACUCGCUGUCAUUGAGCUGCUCAUAAGCUUUCUACAUUCACUGACGCAUAUUGCUGAGUAUUUGCAACAACUAAAGGCAAUCCCCACGCGCAACAUAAAGUUGUCUACGACGGAGCUUUCGUACUUACUCGGCUAUCAGAAGAAUGCCAGUCCCACACUCAUGCAACGUUUGAGCAACGCGCUUACGAAAUCCAAAGAUAAAACGCCAACACAAAUAAAGACAGAAGAUGAGUGCACUUCCGCUAGCAAUCUACUUGUAGAAAUCACCACCGAAUUGGAUACCAUUGACGGUGGCACAAGCGCAGAGGGCGAAGACGACAGUUCCGCCGGCAUAGCUGCCGCAAAUGUAGCCGAACCGACACUGCCACAAAGUGAGGGCAUAGUUAUGCAAUUCGCCGCGCGUCCGAUUUUCGUCGAAGUCGACGCCGUCGUAGAUGAGCCACAACUGCUGACGCGCUAUUGGUUGCAAGUGGACUGCAUAGAUUUGGACAAUAGUAAAUAUGAGCGCGUCGCUUGCGAUCUCACGGAAUUGGCAGCAGAAUGUCUAACGCCCGAGACGAAUCUCACAUCGGAUUGUAAGCGAGUGUUGCAUUUGUCCGCAUCGCCGCAAUCGAAUCGUGAGCGCACACCUACAGCACCCUGCUUCCGCACACGUCGUGUCGAAGUGGAGCCGAGCACCGGCCGCCCAGAGAAGAAAAUCUACAUUACGCCCGUACGCGGACGUGGUUUUGCACGCGCGCCACCCUCACGCGGCGAUCUCUUCCGUUCGCGUCCGCCAAACACAUCGCGUCCACCUUCCUUACAUGUCGAUGAUUUCCUUGCAUUGGAGACUUGCGGCGCGCAACCUACUGGACCGACGGGCUACAACAAAAUACCACCGAUAAUGCGCGGUUCACGUGUCGGCCGCAAUCGCGGCUCACGCAUAUCGACGGCGGCAGCGUUUCGUUUAAUUUACAGCAAAUCGAAAGUGAUGCGCACCGCAUCGCCGUCCACCUGGGCCGAAGGGGGCUCACCGCAUUAUCGCAGCGCCACCACCGAACCACACUUCGGCGAUUCACAUUACUCAAACAGUUCGCACUUCAGCGGUCGUCCACGCGGUCGUGGCGGACGUCCACGUCCCUAUCUACGUUAG